AUGCCAUCAGCCACAAAACCUACAGUCCUCCACAUUGGGGACCCCAUCAAACACAACCAUGAGAUAUACAGGCGCUUCUCUUCAGAAUUCACCGUCAUUCGUCCCUCAGUCGAGGAACGGCAAAGAGUAGCUUUUCUACGAGCCUUGAAGGAAAAUAAAUGGGGCAACUUCGAUGCAGUCUUUCGCCCCUUCUGGAACACAGGUGGUGAAAUGGGACGCUGGGAUCAGGAACUGAUCCCACUUCUGCCCCCAUCUGUCAAAAUCUACGCCAGCGCCGGCGCCGGAUACGACUGGGCAGAUGUUGAUAUCAUGGCGGAGCAUGGAAUCCUCUACUGCAACGGCGCCGCGGCCUCCUCCGAAGCCGUAGCCGACAUGGCCCUUUUCCACAUCCUCUCAGUCUUCCGGAAUCUAACAUGGUCCCAUCUCGCCGCCCGCUCCGGAGAUCCGGCCCAGUGGACCGACGCCCACAAGCACGCCACCAUGACCGCGCACAAUCCGCGGGGCCACACCCUGGGCGUCAUCGGUUUGGGAAAUAUUGGCCUCACCAUCGCCCAAAAGGCCCGUGCUGCUUUCGGCAUGGAGAUUUUGUAUCAUGACGUCGUGCGGAAACCUGCUGCUGAGCUAGACGAGGGGAAGAACGGAGCUGGUGGUGGAGUAGGCGCCGUCUACAUCCCCACCCUCGAUGAACUGCUCAGCAAGGCAGACUGCGUAGUCCUCGCCACGCCAUUCGGGGGCAAGGUGUUGAUCGACCGGGAACGACUAAUGAAAUUCAAGAAAGGGGCUCGAUUCGUGAACAUAGCCCGGGGCGCGCUGGUAGACGAGGAUGCGCUGGUGGAAGUAUUGCAGAGCGGGCAUAUUUUCGCCGCGGGGUUGGAUGUGUUUCAGCAUGAGCCGAGGGUGCAUCCGGAGUUGUGCAAAAUGCGGAAUGUCACGCUGACAAGCCAUAAUGCGGGAGGGGCCAUCGAGACGAAUUGGGGGUUUGAGAGGUUGGCUAUGGAGAAUAUUGAGGGAUUAUUGUUGAAGGGGCAGGCAUUGACGCCAGUUAAUGCGCAUUUGAUGCAGAGUGGUCGGGGUGGGAAGUGA